AGACAUCUUUUGACCCCACACUCAGUCUCAAUAAUGGAUGUGUCAAAUCCAGCAAAAAAAUUGAAAGUUGAUCAUGUAGAAGAGUACAGUUUGAGAUGUAAUGAUACCCCUGAGCAGGAAUUGACUAGUUCACCUAUUGUACAAAAUGGAAAACCUACUGAUGUGCAGAAUGGAAAAUCUGAUGAGCAAAACUUUGAAAAGUUUGUUGAUGAAGAAUAUUUCAGUUCAUAUGCUGACACGGAGGUUCAUCGAACAAUGAUUGAAGACCAGGUGCGGACGGAUGCGUACCAUAAAGCUAUCAUGCAAGACCCAAGUUUUGUCAAAGAUAAAAUUGUCUGUGAUGUUGGCUGUGGUUCUGGCAUCUUGAGCUUGUUCUGUGCUCAGGCUGGAGCCAAGAAAGUUUAUGCCAUUGAGGCGUCUCAAAUUGCUAUGCUUGCCAAGAAGUCAGUCAUUGCUAAUGGAUUUGAAGACAUCAUCACUGUUCUUGAGGGAAGAGCUGAGGAUGUGGAGCUACCAGAGAAAGUUGAUGUGAUAGUGAGUGAGUGGAUGGGCUACAUGAUGCUGUAUGAAACCAUGCUGCCUUCAGUGCUGCACAUCAGGGAUAAGUGGCUCAAGCCGGGAGGCGUGAUGUUUCCAGAACGCGCGGUGCUCAAAGUAGCAAUGGGGGAAGCUUCGUGGAUCACUAAAUAUGAAGAGAACACUUAUGACUUCUGGAUUGCGCUCAACCCCAUGUAUGGCUUGGACAUGACGCUCUUUGCUGACCAUGCCGUAGAAAAAUACAGCGAGUACGCACACGUGUUCAUGAUGCCACAGAAGGACGUAUUAAGCCUACCAGCAACUGUAUGCGACUUUGACCUGAACACUGUCACAGCCGAGCAACUUUUGAGUGUCAAGGCUGACAUCAAACUGUCCAGCAUGGGAUCCCGGCGGCUGAACUGCCUCGUCUUCUGGUUUGACGUCUUCUUCCCUGGCGGGGUGAAACUCUCUACUUCCCCGGACCUCGAGGACACCCACUGGCAAAACACAGUUCUCCCUCUACCGCCCACCAAAGUUGUGCAAGACACAGCGUUUUCUGGAGAGGUAACAAUUGCGCAACACAAGAAGCGUUCCCUUGACAUCAGACUGAGGUAUUGUGUGGGUGAUAGCGAGAAAAUGCUCUCCAAGAGGUAUAGGCUUGAUGAGAAUUGUACAGAGUUCGAGUGAUGUAUACCGAAAUCUAACGUCCAAAAUCAAUAUGAAUAUCGUGAGGAAUAGAUCUCAAGUUUUUAUAUUAACCUACUCAUUUUAUUUCAAUUUAAUAAUGAAGGUAAUUCCCGAAAUUUUCCAUUACAAUUAUGAAGUUUUAGGAAACAUUAAAUUCAUCUUGCAAACUGUAAGAAUUUGUGGCUAGGAAUGUAUCUUCGAGAUUUAAAGACGCAAUUUGCAUUUAAUGAAUAUGAAACGUUUCACUUGAUACAGUAGAGCUGUCCACAAUUCAUUGGACAAUGUAGUGGUGUAAUUAUUUCUAUUAAAGUUUAUCACUUUUC